AUGGGCGGCUUGGUGGGCUUUCUAUUUUUCUAUGUUCUAGGAGGCAUCACCUUUAUCCCACUUCUACUUGUCGCUGUGCUCAUUGACGGCUACUUCCGCUUCCCAGUUGUUCGAGAGCAUACCGCCUCGCGAGACUCACCAGAUUCCACGAUCCUACGGCCCGGAGAUGAUCUUGAUGCAAUCAAAAAUGCCCAGAAGGCUUUGGGUGACAAAUUCCACGCCCGCGAUGAGCACGACGGUGAUGUCGCUGCGGGAUACUUUGCCGUUUGCAGAGAGUAUAUUCCCGGGGGUGCUGGGGGGAAACCACCGGAGAGGACAACACCUCUGGGCAGCACAACAGUAGCGGCCCAGAGUCCAAGUGUUUAUCAGAGCAUGUACAGGAGCAUAUUUGAUAGGAAGCAGAAUAACAGUCCGUUGGACAACAAAAGUGCCGGACGGCCUCAGAAGAAGGGUGGUAACGUGUUUUAUGUCGUAUUAAGGCAUGGUCACCUAAUCCUUUUCGACGAUGACGAGCAGCUCGAAGUACGACAUGUGGUUUCUCUAGCCCAUCACGACGUAAGCAUUUAUUCGGGUGGGGACGAAACACCAGAGGGAGAGCUCUUUAUAAAAAGGAACGCUGUCUGUCUCUCCCGAAAAUCAGAUGCUGGAGAGCUUACGCCAGACGGGAAGGCAUCGAAACCAUUCUACCUAUUUUCCGAGAAUUGUUCGGAGAAGGAGGACUUCUAUUUUAGCCUACUACGGAACCAGGAGCAGAGAUUAGAGGCGAAGAACAAUCCACCAAAGCCACUACAAUUUGAUGUGAAGGAUAUAAUUAAGCUGGUCCAAAGAUUACACUCAUCCGAGGAGCAUCUUCAAACACGAUGGCUGAACGCUAUUAUUGGCCGAUUGUUUCUGGCACUUUACAAAACUUCGGAGGUUGAGAAUUUCAUCCGGGCAAAGAUUACUAAAAAGAUUUCUAGAGUCAAGACUCCUUCCUUUUUAUCUAAAAUUGCGUUGCGAACUAUUGAUCUCGGUGAAGCCGCGCCCGUCAUAACAAAUCCUCGAUUGAAAGAAUUGACUGUGGAUGGAGAAUUGGUGGUGGAAGCGGAUUGUAAAUAUUCUGGAAACUUCAAGCUCGAAGUAGCGGCGACAGCACGAAUUGAGCUGGGAUCUCGCUUUAAGGCACGGGAAGUCAACCUCAUUUUGGCUGUUCUCCUGAAGAGAAUGGAAGGCCAUGUUAUGUUGAGGAUAAAACCCCCACCAUCAAAUCGAUUCUGGAUUACGUUCGAGACAAUGCCGAAAAUCGACAUGACCAUCGAACCUAUCGUCAGCUCGAGACAGAUAACUUAUACUUUAAUUUUGCGCCAAAUUGAGAACCGUAUCAAAGAGGUCAUUGCAGAAAGCUUGGUUUUCCCCAACUGGGAUGACUCCCCAUUCUACGAUACGGAGGGAAAGCUGUGGAGAGGGGGCAUAUGGGCUGAUGAUAGAGUUGCGGUGGCUAAUGAAGACUCGGAGGAUAUCGCAGCGGAGCAUGGCGAUGUAGAAACGGUAGAAACUUUGGAAGGCAUGAACGAUGAAUCAAUCAUGGCGUUGCCACAAAUGGAGAAGAGUGCGAGCAUGCCACCCGCAGUUGAUUCUUCUACGAAUGGCGUCCAACAACGAAAGGGGAUAAAGUCACCUGCAAGUCUCUCGAAUAUCUGGAACAACGCCUCUUCGAGUAGCGUUGAGACCCAAUCUGUGCCCGAAAAGCCAAGAGCACUUCGAUCCGGGUCGUUUGUCAACGCGUCGUCGCCUGUUGCCAUUACAGAUACCACCAAUGCAGACGCUUUUAUUCCAUCUACACCACCCGAAAAGAGCCAUGCCGCAGCAGCCAUGGCAGCCAUAUCAGCGGCAAACUCUCCAAUAUCGACUCCAAUUGGAUCUCCUCUACACAAUUCUCGAAUGGAAAAACCGGGAAGCCGGUCUUCGAACUCUUCAAAUGAGUUUCUACGAUCCGAUGCGGAGAGCCAGAAUGGAUCAACGCCGCAAGCAUCUGCGUCAGUCUCAGAUACCCAGUUUACACAUGAUGGUCCGCGUCCUUCAAGUCCUAGUAAUGCAUCUCUCAAGUCGGAAGCGCCAUCUUCUAAAUCACUUGGAUCUUUUUCGUGGGAUCGUAACAGUAGGCGCGAAGAUAGUUCUGGUUCCUCGGUGAAAUCCAAUGAGGGCAAACGUAUCAGUCUAGCAGCCGUAGCUGGCGCAGCCGCGCAGGCCAAAACCUGGGGCUGGAAUGCCCUGAAAAGGAACGGCGAUCAAAAACCUGAUGUUCACACUGAUGAGCCUGAUCGUCCAAGAGUCAUGGGGAGAGGACAACCACUCCCACCACCUGGUGUUCCACUACCACGGCCUGACAAGAAGACCAAAACGGCCCCAAUUGCUGUUCCAAAGCGCAAGCCAAUGCCACCACCGGCGCCAGAGAAACAGAAAGAAAACACUGGCACAAACAACACUCGAAGUCCUCAGCGCCACGCAGUUCCACCACCGCCGUUACCUAAAAGGAGGAGUAUUGCUGAAGGCAAGCAGGAUCAUCAUACAGAUGAUGGCCUGCUUGUUGUUUCAGCACCAAUGACAGACUCAGAACCAACAACACCUAUCAACGAGAGCCCGCCAUCAUAUAUGCCGCCAUGGGUUGAGGAUGCCGAGGAGUUGGGAGAGGUGCCAAAGACGGAGCCAACGAUUGAGCCUCCGAAGUCAUCACCCAAGUCGCCUCCUCGUUUACCCAAAAGAAGGACCCCACACCGCGUACUCUCUAGCAGUCCCGAAGAGGAUGGCCACAAUCUCCCAUCAUGGAUGGCGGCACAGGAAGAAGAAGCAAGAGCGAAGAACACUUUUAUUGAGGACGAAGGUGAUGUUUAUGAGCGAUGA